CUCUCAAAUUCAUAAAAAGAACAAGAAUGAAAGAAUGGUCGACGACGAGUCUGCGAUUUACGGACAUUGGCGAAUUCUCCCCUAAAAACGUUGUCGACGACGCGAUAAGGAAAUUGAAGCCGGAACAGUUUAAGAAACAAGAAGUGAAGCAAAAAUGGUAGGAGGUGGAGCUCCACAGAGAGGAAGUGCAGCUGCAACUGCAAGCAUGAGGAGGAGAAAGCCUGCUGGUGGCGGAAACAGCAGCGCCGGUGGUGGAGCUGGUGGAGGAGCAGCCGGAACGAUGCUUCAGUUCUACACAGAUGACGCCCCUGGUCUCAAGAUUUCUCCAAAUGUUGUUCUUAUUAUGAGCAUUGGUUUCAUUGCCUUUGUUGCUGUUCUUCAUGUCAUGGGUAAGCUCUAUUUUGUCAAGAGCAAAUGAAGACGAGGACAUACAACACACACAGCUAAAUGUCAUCAAUACCUUCUUUCUUUUCACUUACUGUUUAGAAUUUUUGUCAGUAUAGUCGUUUCAUUCAUGUUUUGAGUUUUCUUGACUAGUCUGCAUCCAGCUCAACAUUCUGCAGUUUCUUGAUAUUGGCAAGUUUUGUCUUUCUAAUACAACUUGUAUAUCCUCUUGUUUCUUGGCUUUGGUUUAGUAGAUAGUUUUGUGGUUUAAGUGGAAAGCUAAACAAAUUAGAGUGGUUUUGUUU